UUAAAUAACGUUUUAUAUAAUUUUAAGAGAUGGAAAAAAUUAAGAAUCGUAGUAAAUAUUUUCGUGAUUUUAUCGAGAUUAAAAGUUUGAUCGACUUAAAUAACCUAAAUCAACUUUAUGUGAAACUUCGAGAGCAUCGCAAUUUUAGUGAUGAAAUGAAAAAAGUAGUCGAGAAAUUAGAUGACGAUGGUCAAAAGUUGAUAUUUAUAUUGGUUUGGUUUACGCGAUCGCGACAUACUUGCGAUGAAUUGAUAGGCCUAUUGCGCGAAACGGGUCAGACAGCGGCCGCCGACCAACUCGUUAAACACAAUACAUCUAAAGGACAUAAUAUUAAGGAUUACAAUAUGUGGGAACCAGAGUUUUGGGUCACAGAAAUACCAGUUGAGCCAUCAAGAGAUACAAUGAAGGGAAGCCUUCCCUUCCCAAUGGAUCGUAAGCCGAGAGGAAAGUGUAUUAUAAUAAACAAUGUGUCCAAACAUGUGUUUCUGGAGUCCAAGAGAUUUAAAUACAUUUUUGAAAAACUGCACUUUCAAGUGGAAGAGCAUUACGAUUGGACUGCAAUAGAAAUUAUCGACAAUUUACAAGUGAUGGCCAAAGAGGCGGACAACUCGUCGCAAGCGUUUGCAGUAAUGAUUAUAAGCCACGGAUUAAAAGAGCGUGUAUUGGGUGUGAAGGCGUGCGAAGCGCUCGAAGCACUGGAGCGUAACCCCAACGACACUAAAGCCCAGGUAGUGGUGGACACAGACGUGAAGAACAUUGUCGAUAUUGUGGACACGUUUUCCGUUAAGAAUUGUCCCCAACUUUUCAAAUGCCCGAAACUGUUCUUCUUUACGUGUUGUAGAAAUGUGCUGGGAACAAACGAUACGUGCGCCGAACCGGAAGCCAAGCGCCGGGAUUUGGCCAAACCAGAUGAGGUGCCGGCCAUGGAGUCGUUGAACAAGAAAUGGGUUGACAACAACGCCAACACAUUUGUUUCCUAUUCUUGUGCCAAAGGACUCAAAACGUGGUUUAAUCCUCUUCUGGGCAUCACUUACUUCGGACAGUCGUUAAGCCAUUGCAUCGCUCAAUACUCAUGCGAAGAGCCGUUAUCAACGAUAAUGAUCAGGACGGACUUCAAUCCAACCGAGUUUAGGAGUAAAGGACUCACACGGAUGGAGAAAACAAUUAAUCGCGCUGAAUACUUCAGUGAUUUUAUCAAGUUUAAAUACAUUGUUAAACUAAAUGACAAACUCAUGGCCGAUCUUGAACAACAUCCAUAUUUCCGGGAUGAAAUGCAAAAAGUGGUCAUGCAAUUAGAGAGUGAGUGCGAAAAGUUGGUCUUUAUUUUGGUUGAGUUCACGCGAUCGCGAAGUACUUGCGAUGAAUUGAUACGACUAUUGCGCGAAUCGGGUCAGACAGAGGCCGCCGACCAACUCGUCCGACACAAUACAUCCAAAGGACACCAAAUGCAAAGUUUUAACGAUUCGGGUCCAGAGUUUACAGAUCCACAAAUACCCUUUCAGGUAUCUAAGAGUCCAAUGACGGGAACUCUUUACUACAAAAUGGAUCAAAAGCCGAGAGGAAAGUGUUAUAUAAUAAACAAUGUGUCCAAAGAUGUGUUUAUGGAGUCCAAGAGAUUUAAAUACAUUUUU